AUGUACACUUCAGCAGCGGCAGCGGCGUCGCACGACCCGCAGCCCGACAGCGCCCGACGGCUGGCCAUGCUGCUGCGACAGGCUCGGCUGCUGUGCGGCCACCUCCGAGCGCGGCCCUCUGCCGGUGAGUACCGCGCGCCGUCUGGUGUUCUGCAGGUGAGUACCGCGCGCCGUCUGGUGCUGGGCAGGUGGGUACCGCGCGCCGUCUGGUGUUCUGCCGAUGAGUACCGCACGACGUCUGGUGUUCUGCAGGUGAGUACCGCGCGCCGUCUGGUGUUCUGCAGUCGACGCGGCGCCGCGCUGAUCGAUACCCGCACACUGUUGCUGCGCCCGCCGCGCGUGUCACCUGACCUUCGGCCGGCUGAGGCUGCACGGGCGCGCACCACGGGGCUCCUCUCGUGGGUUCGCGACCGACUGGCCGGGGAGGCGCCCGAGGCACCCGCGCCUGACAUGGAGGAUCCGCGCGUGUACACGGGACGGUACCGGCCCGAGGAGCUGAGCAAGCUGGCGCAGAACUCCCGCUUCACACGCAAGGAGAUCCAGCUGAUGUACCGCGGCUUCAAACAGGAGUGUCCCACUGGCCUGGUGGACGAGGCUGCCUUCAAACUCAUUUUCGCCCAGUACUUUCCACAAGGAGAUGCGAACCAGUACGCUCAUUACGUAUUCAACACGCUUAAGCCAAAUCAGUGCGGCCAAAUCAACUUUGAGGUGAGAUUCCCGUUUCCUACACCGGGACUGCCCGGCUUCUGCAGCCAGUUACAUCGUUAA